AUGCUACUGGUGGUGCACUUAGAAAUAGUGAGCAAUCUCAUGACCGAAGGGUUUCUUGCAGCAUUGCGGCGUUUUAUGGCCAGAAGAGGUAUCCCGACACAUGUUCAUUCCGACAAUAGAACGAACUUUGUCGAUGCCAAUAAUCAUCUGAGGGAAUUAUAUAUGCUCCUAAACUCCGACGAACACAAAAACCAAGUGAAUCGGUUCUCGAUAGAACAUCACAUUACGUGGCAUUUUAUUCCACCAAUCGCACCGCACUACGGCGGAUUAUGGGAAUCCAUAGUCAAAAUAUUCAAACAUCAUUUUAAACGCGUCGUCGGAGAUUCAUUAUUUACCUUUGAGGAGUUAAAUGCUUUUGUUAUAGAAGUCGAAAAAAUUCUUAAUUCCAGACCCAUUGCCUCUCUUUUGUCUGAUCCUAACGAUCCUUUAGCGUUAACACCUGCACUGUUAAAUCUGUAG